UGAAUCAUACUUUCCAACACAACAAGCUUAAAAUUUCCUCUCUGUAUUUUUUACUGAUCGUCUGAUCUGAAGUUAGAAACGAAAUUCCAAAUUAUUUGUUUAAUGAUAUAUCUGCUACUAAAUUUUGGUCUCAAUGGCUUCAAAUGUUUUCCCCAUGCUUUCAUCAAGUCCCCCUCCUAUGGAAGAUUGUCCAGAUGAUGAGGAUGAUGACGAUGACUUUGGUGAUUUUGCAUCUACAAACAUUCCUUUUGAUUCUUCCUUUGACAGUCCUGUUGCUAGUGAAAAGUUCAAAUGUUUCAAAACUGGUGACAAUGGAGUUAAUGAUAUAAAUCUCAAAAGUGAUUUGAAAGAAUUUCAAAUAUUUGAUGAAACAGAAUCAAAUUCUUGCAAAUUGCCUCAUGAUUUCUCGCAACGCAUCAGAAACAGUGAAAGUGACACUUCUCCAAGUGAAAACUUUUGUGAUUAUCCAUUAUCUGAAAGAAAUAAAUGUUACCCUAAUCAUGAGAAAAAUGAACCAGUGUACCUCAGUGAGCGUAAACCAGUAACUAGUCAAAAUUCAGCCUUACAGACUAAUCAUUGCGAGAAAUUCGAAAAGUUAAGCAAAAAAGAGGAUUUUAGUGACGAGCUUGUUAUAAAUAAUUGCUCACACACUGAAACUCUUUCAGAAUCUGAAAAAUUGGAAUGUUUUUCUAUUUCACAGAAGUCUUGUGACACUGAAAGCAAUGUUUUAAAAACAGCCAAUUCUUUCAAUUGUUCUAACAGUGUAGAUCUUUCUCAUCGUUGUGAUAAAAUAGAUAAAAAUGAAACUUCUAAUAGCCCACCACAUAAAAGUGUUUCAAAUUUAUGUUCAUCUGAAGCUCAUUGUAUAAAUGUUAAAUUAUGCAAUAAUUUUGAAUCUUUAUCUUUACAUUCCAGAAGUAAUUCAAUCAGUUCAAAUAAUUCUGAAGAUUUCAAUAAUUUUCAGCAAUCUGAAUCUGAUUUAAAUAUAUCUCACAACCCUGUAACUUCCAUUGCUGAUGCAUCUUUUUCCAAUUUUUCGAACACUGCCAAUAGCGAAAUUUUUACUCCUAAUUUUGAUGAAUUUCAUGAAAAUGAAGAUACUCAGGAUGCAUCUGAAGGCAGUCUUGAAAACUUUCAAGUGUAUGAGAGUAAUCAUUUUAGUGAAAAAUAUGUUUCUGUUUCCAAAGAGUUGAAUGACGGUUCAGAACAUGACGAAUUUCAAGGAUUUCAGAACUGUGCUGGUGAUACAGGUACGGAAAGUGAAGGAUUUGCUGAGUUUCAGGAUUUCAAGGAUAACCAGUGUCCAGAACAAGAUGAUUUUGCUGAGUUUGAAAGUGCAUCAUUUGAACAAAGUAAAACCUUAGAGCAUGAAGAAUCUUGCGAGUUUGCUGAUUUUGAGGCAGUUUCGUUCCAGGAUGAUAAAUCUGCAGAAGAACUGGAAUCCUGUAAAUUUGCUAAUUUUGAAUGUGCAACAUUUUGCCCAGGACCUGAAAGGAGAGAUUCUACAUCAAGUAUUCCUCCAUCAGUUGCACAGCCUCAAGAUAAAAAUAUUGAUAAAUUAUCUACUGUGAUCAAUGUUAUUUUCCCUUUGGCCACAGAAGAUGAGACAGUAUCAAAUGAGUCAUUUUCUGAAAUUUUGGAACAAAGUAAUAAGAGUCAUAGAUUAUGGGAAAAGCUACAUGAAGUCGAACCUACUCCUAGUGCAAGAUUUCAAUGGGGUGUUUCUCAAUCUUUCCAGCAGCUACUACGCUCUGUAAACGUGGAUUAUCAUAGUAUUCUGCGCACGUCGUCCGUCCCGAUUUUCGCUUCAGGCCUAAGCCUUCUAGAGCCAGUGAAAGGCCUCUCAAAUUCAGCUAACCAAGAACCAGAAGACAGAAAUCAAAGUCCUAGAGAUCCAAUACCACCUGUGGAAUUUGAUUGGAAUAGUAGUGGGCUUGUUAAUCCUUUAGAUUCUGGACAAGCAGCACUAACUCUGAUGGACCUUUCUUUUCUGUCUUCUGCAGAAACCCACACUUCAGUUUCUUCUGGUGAUCACAGCUUUGAAAAUGAAUUUUUAAAACCUAACCCAACCCUGUCUCAGUGUGAUAAUGGCAGUAAAGAUCAGAUAUUAGAGCAACUGCUAUCAAAGAAUGUCUGUUCUCUCCCAACGUCUCAAGCCUCCCACCGUCCAUGUGACCUCAGUAAAGAAGCAAUCCAUGUUUUGGACCAGUUGCCGGACUUAUCAUUUAUGCUAGCUAAAGUUCUCAUGUUUCCUAUUUCUAGCAAUACUUGA